UAAUCAUAAGGGGUUGUAAAGUUGCCGUUGCAGACUGAACUAUUUUCAAGUGCAGUAUUUAUUUUGCAUAACUAUAUCUACGCUUAUACGCUAAUAAAAAAUAUUUGAAUAAUAGUAAAGAUUCAUUAUUCCGCUGACUUAUAUAACCUUAUUGUAGCUACUUUUUGUUUAAUACAUUCCCUAUUGCUAUUUACAGUACAGCCACCCCUUGUGCUCUGUUUAGUUAUCGUGAAAUUUACACAUACAUAAGUCUGUAACGUGAGUACUUUGUGGAUAACGGUUUACUGAAAACAAAAUACUUGUGAGCUCGAUUUGGUGCAAGAGAAUUGAAAGUGAAUUAAUCCUGCUCGAGUUUAUUUUGAACAAUGAUUGAUCCUAGUUCAAGUGAGGAGGAAGGCGAAGAUGACCCAAUUGCCAAUGUGCCAUCAAAAGGACGUAUUUCACAAGCGCCCAAGGGUGCAGGUGGCGUUUCUGUAAUUGUUGGAUCCUCAGGUUCCGGUGUAGGAUCAAAUAUUCCUUCAUCAACCUCUAAUAAUGAUUUGGCCGGGAAUCAGAGACAAUCGAAUAUUAGCUCUGUCGGUAACCGAAGUGAGGCUGGAAACAUUGGUGCGGCGACCGGAUUGGGAGCAUCCUCUGAGCAAACACACUGUACCCGAGUUGAUGGAGGGAAUCUUGAGGUCCCCAACAAUGGCAUUCCAAGUGGUGUUUCGCAAGAAACUUUAAAUCAGAGUAUCGGAUCCUCGAGGGCAAACUCUCUACCACGACCAUUAUCACCAUCACCAUCUUUAACCAGCGAGAAGCCUGAAACUGGAGAUCCGCAUGACAAACAUGAACGUGAAGAAGAGGAACGCAAACGUCGAAUCCAGCUAUAUGUGUUCAUAUCAAGAUGUAUUUCAUACCCGUUUAAUGCUAAACAACCCACGGAUAUGACAAAGCGGCAAACAAAAAUUACCAAACAGCAAUUAGAAAUUAUAGCUCAACGAUUCCAAGCUUUUCUUAAAGGUGAAACACAAAUAAUGGCUGAUGAAGCAUUUCAAAAUGCCGUGCAGAGCUAUCAUGACGUGUUUCUUAAAUCAGAGCGAGUUUUAAAAAUGGUCCAAUCUGGUGCAUCCUCGCAACAUGAUUUUCGAGAAGUUUUUCGCAAUAAUAUAGAAAAACGUGUCAGAUCUUUACCAGAGAUCGACGGACUUAGUAAGGAAACCGUAUUAACUUCAUGGAUGGCAAAAUUCGAUAUAAUAUUAAAAGGAACUGGAGAAGAAGAUUCGAAGCGACCAUCUCGUAUGCAACAAUCACUAAAUAGCGAGCUUAUUCUAUCCAAAGAGCAAUUGUAUGAUAUGUUUCAACAAAUAUUGUUAGUAAAAAAAUUUGAGCAUCAAAUUUUGUAUAACGCCUUGAUGUUGGACUCCGCCGAUGAACAAGCUGCAGCCAUAAGAAGGGAAUUGGAUGGAAGAAUGCAACGCGUAGGAGAAAUGGAAAAAAAUCGAAAACUUAUGCCAAAAUUUGUACUCAAAGAAAUGGAGUCUCUUUACGUUGAGGAACUUAAGUCGUCAAUAAAUCUUCUAAUGGCAAAUCUGGAAUCCCUGCCAGUAUCAAAAGGAAAUAUGGAUAGUAAAUAUGGACUUCAAAAAUUGAAACGUUAUAAUCACAGUACACCGUCAUUUUUGAAAUUGAUACUGCGAUCCCACGGGUCUUUGUCUAAGCUGGAGGGUGACUCCGAGGAUGGUUCUACACAAUUAACAAAGUUAGAUGUUGUACUCACCUUCCAAUUGGAAGUGAUCGUUAUGGAGGUUAAAGGACUUAAAUCAUUAGCUCCCAAUCGCAUUGUCUACUGCACAAUGGAAGUCGAAAAUGGCGAAAAACUACAAACGGAUCAAGCGGAGGCAUCAAAGCCAAUGUGGGACACACAAGGCGAUUUUACAACAACACAUCCAUUGCCAGUUGUCAAGGUGAAACUUUACACAGAGAAUCCGGGCAUGCUGGCAUUGGAGGAUAAGGAACUAGGAAAAGUAACUCUUAAACCUACUCCGCUUUCAUCAAAAUCACCGGAGUGGCAUCGAAUGAUUAUUGCAAAAAAUCUUCCUGACCAGGAUAUACGUAUUAAGAUAGCUUGCCGACUUGAUAAACCUUUAAAUAUGAAACAUUGUGGACAUCUUUAUGCGAUCGGGAAAUCAGUCUGGAAAAAGUGGAAAAGGCGCUAUUUCGUCUUAGUUCAAGUAUCACAAUAUACAUUUGCUAUGUGCAGUUAUAAAGAGAAAAAAUCAGAACCGUCUGAGAUGAUGCAGCUUGAUGGAUACACGGUAGAUUACAUUGAAGCAGCGAGCGCAAACUUAAUGUUUGGGAUCGAUUUAAAUGGAGGGCGCUAUUUUUUUAACGCAGUUCGAGAGGGUGAUAGCAUUUCGUUUGCUUGCGAUGAUGAAAACGAAUGCAGCCUAUGGGUCAUGGCUAUGUACAGAGCUACCGGUCAGUCCCAUAAACCAACACCCCCAAUAACACAAGAUAAAAAUUCAGCAAUGUCAAAAAUACAAGGAGACGCAGACAAAGCACGGAAACAUGGAAUGGAAGAUUUUAUAAGCACUGAUCCGUGUACUUUUGACCAUGCUACGCUUUUCAAAACAUUACAAAACCUCACACUAGAAUAUAGGCUUAAUGAUCCAUACGCUUCUCUGGGCUGGUUUAGUCCUGGACAAGUGUUCGUGUUGGACGAAUAUUGCGCCCGUUAUGGGGUACGAGGAUGUUACCGACAUUUAUGUUACCUCUCUGAUUUGCUGGAUCGUGCAGAAAAACAACACAUGAUAGACCCAACCCUAAUACACUAUUCUUUCGCGUUUUGCGCUAGUCAUGUUCACGGAAAUCGGCCCGAUGGAGUUGGUAGCAUAACGCAUGAGGAGAAAGAGAAAUUUUCUGAAAUCAAAGAACGACUUCGUCAGUUACUGGAGUUUCAAAUAACUAAUUUCAGAUAUUGCUUUCCGUUCGGUCGCCCCGAGGGUGCACUUAAAGCAACAUUAUCUUUACUGGAGAGAGUUCUAAUGAAAGAUAUUGUUACCCCGGUUCCACCUGAAGAAGUUCGUCAAAUGAUUAAAAAAAGCUUAGAGACAGCAGCGCUUGUAAAUUACACUCGUCUCUCUAAUAAAGCUAAAAUUGAAGAGGAUUUGCGAGGAGAAGUUAUUGUUCCGGCCCCAAAAAAACUGGAGGACCUAAUACACUUAGCAGAACUUUGUGUUGACUUGCUCCAACAAAAUGAGGAACACUAUGGAGAACUGCGCAGACAUGAUAAAAUGGAUAAAAAUAAUAAGAGUAAGGAAGAUGGUGAUGUACCAGGAGACUACAAUGAAAACGAUGUUAAUUUGACCGCCAAUACUGGACUCAUUGGUACAUCUGAUCUGGCUACUGCAGCAUCAACUGAUGGACCAUCAUUUCGUUACUGUAUGCCGACUCAUGCAGUUUAUACCCCGCCAGUACCGACGGCUUUUGCAUGGUUUAGCGAUUUGCUGGUUGAACACGCGGAAAUAUUUUGGUCCCUCUUUGCAGUUGAUAUGGACAGAGUCUUAUCAGAGCAGGCUCCCGAUACGUGGGAUUCUUUUCCAUUAUUUCAAAUUUUAAAUGAUUAUUUAAGAGCAGAUGAUAAUUUGCGAAAUGGACGUUUUCAUCAGCACCUGCGCGACACAUUCGCACCGUUGGUGGUCCGGUAUGUUGAUCUUAUGGAAUCUUCAAUAGCUCAAUCAAUUCAUAAGGGAUUUGAAAAAGAACGUUGGGAAAGCAAAGGGAUUAACGCUGCGUUGAACCCUGCAGCAUUAAACAAUGCUGCCCAGGCGCUCAAUACAGCAGCUCUCAACCCAUCAAUGCUACUCAGCGGCAAAAAAGAACAAGUAAAUUUUUAUGUACCGAAGUUACCAAAGCAAUCAAAUUCAACAGUGGCCAGCGACGAUAUGAGAAAUGGGUGUGCCACCUCCGAAGAUUUGUUUUGGAAACUCGACGCUUUACAGUCUUUCAUAAGAGACCUACACUGGCCAGAUGCGGAGUUUCGACAACAUUUAGAACAGCGUCUUAAAAUGAUGGCUGUUGAUAUGAUCGAGCAAUGUAUACAACGAACUGAUUCGUCUUUUCAGUCAUGGCUGAAAAAAAACAUUGCGUUCAUAUCAACUGAUUACAUAUUACCUUCUGAAAUGUGUGCUAUGGUCAAUGUGAUAUUAGAUGCUAAAAAUCAAAGCUUUAAAUUGACAACGAUUGAUGGCAUUGAUUUGUAUAAAUUUCAUGCAAAAAUUGACGACCAAAUCGACAAAGCGAAUGUAGCUAUGACACAAGGUCUAAGCGGAAAACUUAUGUCAGUGCUAGAGUCGACUUUGUCAAAAUUAGCACGAUACGAUGAAGGUAGCUUAAUCGGCUCGAUUCUAAGUUUCACAAAUGUUUCGAGCUCAGGAAAGGAUCUUGGACAAGGAUAUGUAAACUUUUUUAGAAAUAAUAUGGAUCAAAUACGAGGAAAAAUUGGCGACGACUUAUGGACCCUCAAUUUUUUUGAGCAGUGGUAUUCGCAGCAGAUCAAUAUGCUAUGUAAUUGGCUUUCAGAACGUUUAGACCACGCUCUGCACUAUGCUCAAGUUUCAUCUAUUUCUCAUAUCAUCAAGAAAAUAUAUUCAGACUUUGAACUGCAAGGUGUGUUGGAAGAUAAAUUAAACUCGAAAGCAUAUCAGGCGGUUGCACAGCGUAUGGCAACUGAGGAAGCAACAUGUGCUUUAACAAUGCCUGACGUUGGCGAAGAUGAACCUAGCGAUGAUAUUCGAGAAGGAGAAGAAGAAGACAUUGGUGACGAAUCUACCUCUAAUAUACCAAGGGGCUUACCAAAACCAAAAGUGGCUGCCGCUCAAGCUGCAGCUGUUACCAAUGUGGUUGCCGGGCGCGUAGGAAAUUUACUUGGCAAAGGAAUUGGCGGACUAAGUUCAAAGUUAGGGAGCGGAAGUUGGUUUUAGAAGUUGAUUUGUUCGUAUUGUUCUUUUUAUGUAAAGUAUACUUAUUUUAGAUUUGUUACUCAUUUGAGAUGUCAUCAAUAACAUAAGAAUAAUCGGCUUUUAAAAGGAUGUUGUAUCUUUCAUACAGUAAGAAACAUAUAGAGACACCUUUUGCUCUCCCAAACCCAUAGCCUAAGAAAUAUAUAGAUACACUAUAUGCUCUCUGUCCAAACUCAGUUGAGAGCCAUGUUAAAUUUAAUUCCCCACACAGAUUAUCAGUUUUUGGGUCGAACUUGUAAUUCUGUCCCGGUGAACGUGCUGCUGCACUGCCCGCACCAGCCUUUUACCAUGAGCGUGAGCAGUGCAGCUGCAAAUAUUCACCGUGAAGUCAUAUUAAAGGUUCGAAUCAAACUGUAAGGAAAUCAAAACUUUCUUGUUUUUUUCACUAUGUAGCAUCACUGAAAAACUCACUCGAAAGCUGGCAGAGCAAAUGGCACCUCUAGAUAGUUUUCUUAUCCAUGACUUUGUCAAUAAGCUGUUAGCACCGGUGAACAUAUUUAUCUACAAACUUUAAAAUUUAAUUCUUGAUAGCAAACAGAUUUAACUAUUUUACCUUUUGCAUUUCUGUUCAAUUAAAAAAAAACAUUACUUCCCUAUUUAUUCUUAAUAAAAUAUCACGUAUUAAACUCUAGCAUUAUAAAUAAAUAUAUAAAAGCUUAGUUUGUCAUAUAAUUUUCGAAGAAUAUAUUGAUACUACGGCCUUUUGUACUACAUAACUGAAAGCUGAGCUGCUAUCUGAUCCAACUAUCCUUUUUCAGAAAAAACAAAUACAUUUCUACUGUUUAAUAAACACUAAUUUAUCAUGCAAUUUCCGCAACUAUAUAAAUUUUUUGGCUCAUCAGCUGGCUGAAAACCAAAGCUCACGUUUAAGGUUUAGAUGUCAGUUCCGUUUUUAGUUUAUGUAUAUAUGCGGCAAAAAAAUUUAAGACAUAUAUAAUUAUUUAUUUCGUUAAUCUAUCCGAAAAUAUAUGGCAUUUUAAAAAUUGUUACAAACUUUACUUACUACUCCCCUAAUAAUUCUAGGAGUAACAUUAACAGUCAGAAAUUUAAAAAGCUGAGUUUCAAACUGUUAAUAGAAAAUCGAAUAAAAUAUAACACACUUGCUUUUACGUAUUUUAAUCUAAUA